GCAGGACUUUGGCAGGAGGCCAGAGAGGCGGGCAACUAGAGCCCAGAUUCUUUCCACUGCCAUUUCUGGGCUGGGGCUGCACUCAGGUGCACUCCGGUGCAGGUGCUGCCAGGAACACAGCAUCACUGUGCUUGCCAGGGUCCCAGGCAGAGGAGUGAGGCCUGAAGGUCUCAGCAGCCAUGAGUGCUUGAUGCCAUCCUCAUCCCAGCCCUUCAUGGAGCAAGGACGGGGUGGGUGUGGCCACACCUCCCUCACAAUGGCUAUUGUCAUAGUGGUGGCAUCAGUGUUUCUCACAAGUCUGGCGGCAGCAUGCCCAAUACCAUGCACCUGCCCUAUCUCAGGCAGCGUGGUGGACUGUGGGGGCCUCCACCUGCUCCGUCUCCCUUCCAGGCUGCCUGAUGGAGUCUGGCUCCUGGAGCUGAGCCACAAUAAUCUCAGCCAUCUGCCGGUUGGCACCUUUCAGGGCCUUUGGGGACUGCGGGUGUUGCUGCUUUCUCACAAUAUCCUGCGGGAUCUGUCUGGUGGGGCCCUAGGGGGCCUGAGUUUCCUGGAGCAGCUGGACCUCAGCCACAACCAGCUGGCCCAUCUGUCCCCAGACUUCUCGGCUACCCUGGGCUCUCUGCUCCGCCUGGACCUCUCUCACAACCUACUCACUUUCCUGGACCCCAGCAGCCUGUGGCUCCUGGGGAGCCUGGAGCAGCUCGACCUGAGCCACAACCAGCCGGCUGAACUGACCGCAGGGGUCUUUGGGGGCCUCUUCCGCCUACACUGGCUCUCGCUGGCUGGGAACCAGUUGCAGCGGGUGGAGGGUGCUGCCCUGGCCGUUAUGCCAGGCUUGGAAGUCCUCUCGAGCUGGGAAUGACAUCAGCGAGCUGGAGGCCGAGGCGUUUGCAACCUUAGGGGCACUGGGCCUUCUCUCCCUCGUGGGGAACCGACUGCAGCACCUGGAGUUCAAGGCAGUGGCAGGCAUCUGGACAGCAGGCACGCGGCUGCUGUUGGCCGAUAACCCCUGGACAUGUGACUGUGACCUGCAGCAAGCCUUCGGAAAGCUGGGUCACCUGCGGCACUUGUGUGUGGUAGACCUGGGCAACCUGACCUGCGCUGGGCCUGAAAGGCUGUCAGGAGCAGUGCUGACUGGUGUGGAGGCCCAGCUUUGCCUGGCUGAGACUGCCACUGUGCUGGGCAUCACGGGUACCAUGCUGCUCACGGUGGCUGUGGCUGUGCUGAUGGCUAAGCGCAAGCGCAGGCAGGGCCCGGAAGAAGCCGGGAGCUGGGCAGCUUCUGGAGAGGUGAGGGGUGCUACCGAGCAAGGUCGAGGCAGCUGGAGGAGGGAGAGCAGAGGAAGGUGUGAGAGAGGAAAAGGGAAGUUCCUCAGAAGUCUGUGGAGCUCAAUUGUCUGUUGAAAAGUUGAGGAAACACUUUUCCUCAGUUGUCUGAGGAAAAGUUAAAUAUUAAAUUUGAACUCAGUUGAACAUGGACACAAACAAUGGUCACCAAGUCCCGGAAUGGGCUGUGUGAGCCCCUUGAGGCAUUCAUCCAGCGCUGUUUCGGAGAAAUCUCUAUUUCAAUCUAUUCCUAUACGUUAGUUAUUGAAAAACAAUAGACACUCGCACAAACAAGUUGACCUUUUUGUGUUCCUUGAGCCCGGUCACAAAGGGCCCUCGUGACUGGAGCUCAUGCCAAACAACUCAUUACAAAAGAGCUAGGGUCCCAGACUGCGCCGAAGCUUCAUGAGACCGCUCCUCGUCUGUGAUGGACGAGUGGCUGACUCUGGAGCCCAGGCUGUUGCUUCCCAGACUGGUGGUGAAUCCUCCGUAGUCUGGUGAGUGUAAAUGUAUAUAUCUCUUUUCCCUUCUCCCCUUCCCAUUGCAAUUUGCUUAUUGUAUCAUUUGCUUAUUAUAUUAAUUUGCUUACAUCAUUCACUGAUUAUAUCUGCAUUGCCAUUUACGUCAGAUAAAUCUAGU